AUGACGAGUAAAGAAAGGUCAAUGUUACGAAAUAUUCUCGCUUUUUGGAUCUUUGGAAUGUGCAACAAUUAUGGUUAUGUGAUCAUGUUGAGUGCGGCAGAGGAUAUCAUUCAUAAGAAAAAUCAUGAUAUUGGAGAUUUGUCAACAAAUGUCACUUGCAUUCCAGAGAUCACAUCUCGUGCUUGUCAUGGACGAGCUUCUACGGGAGCUGUUCUUUUAGCCGAUAUCCUUCCAUCACUUGUGGUCAAAGCUGUGAUCCCAUUCUUCAUGCACAGAAUACCAUAUGGCUUCCGUCAUUUCAUUGUCGUUGGUCUUCAACUAGCCUCCUAUUUAGUGGUCGCUUAUGCAACGAGCUUUGAGAUGGCGAUUUUGGGAGUUGGUUUGGCUUCAUUUGGAUCAGGAAUCGGAGAGACUACCUAUCUUUCUCUUUCCUCUCAUUUCCCACCCUCUACAAUCGCCGCCUGGUCAUCGGGAACUGGAGGAGCUGGGGUUAUUGGCUCAUUCUCGUACGCUUUCUUGACCGAACCUCAUCUUGGAGGCCUAUCACCGAAAAAUGCUCUCUUGGUGAUGCUGAUAAUCCCUGUCGCAUUCGCUGUAGCCUAUUGGAUCGUUCUACGAUUUCCGACCACCGUUUAUUCUCCAAAAUGCUCACCAAAUUCGUGGAUUGUUCCAGCGGGCUAUGAUGGAACCUCAGAGAAAAAGAAUGGAGCAAAGGAUCCGAUCACCGGAGAACCACUUCUAGAAACAACAGAAAAAGUCCAUCGUGUGCCACAGAGAGUUUUGAGCUUCUCGGAGAAAAUCUCAUUGAUAAAACCGUUAUUGAAAUUGAUGAUUCCACUGAUUUUCGUUUAUUAUGGAGAGUACUUGAUAAAUCAAGGAUUGACUCAAUUAAUCUACUUUGAUUGUAAAAGAGGAUUCAAUUUGACGAAGAGUAGUCAAUAUCGAUGGUAUCAGGUUCUCUACCAAGUCGGUGUCUUCAUCUCAAGGUCAUCGGUGAAAUUCUUAGAGUUGCCGCUUGGUGUCCUCUACUUGUUGCCUAUUUUGCAAAUGGGCAACGCCGUCUUCUUCUACUUCGAGGCGCGAUACGCUUUCUUGCCACACAUUUGGAUAGCUUUCGCUCUCAUUUUAAUUGAAGGUCUUUAUGGUGGAUCGAGUUAUGUAAAUACGUUCAAUUGGGUACACAAAAAUAUUGCACCAGAUGUGAAAGAGUAUUCUCUUUCAAUCACAUCAAUGUCCGAUUCGUUUGGAAUCGUUUGUGCUGCUUUUUCGGGAAUUGUGGUGCACAACUUCAUUUGCGAUCAGCUCACU